AUGUUCCGCACCGCCCUCCUCCGCUCCGCUCGAUGUGUUGCCCAGACUAGCACCCGCGCUGCCACCCGGCCGGCCGUUCGAACAGCCAUUCGCAGCCCCUUCAUCACAUCCAGUAUCUCUUCGCCCGCAACGACCAUCUCGGCAGUACGAUGCUACGCUUCGUCUUCAGGACUCGCUCAAGAGGAGGUCACUGGCAGAAUUCUUGAUCUGCUGAAGAACUUUGACAAGCUCUCUGCAACCUCGCACUUCACGAACGACCUUGGCCUGGAUAGCUUGGAUACCGUGGAGGUCGUUAUGGCGAUAGAGGAGGAGUUCAGCAUUGAGAUCCCAGACAAGGAGGCCGACGCGAUUCACAGCGUGAACCAAGCUGUGGACUACAUCCUGAAGCAGCCAGACGCCCACUAA